CCCUGGCCUGGACUUCAUUUCCCAGAGUCACCCUGUGCUCUAACAUUUCCUGCUCUGACCGCCUGUGCGUGUGCAUGUGGGAGAACGUGCGCAUGCGUGCCUUUCCCUGUGGCUUGGGGCUGGGAAAAGAAGUUCAUUUACUGAUCAGAGAGGGCCCUGAGAGGCCGUGCUGCUCCUUCUCCCACAUUCCCUGGGGAGUCUUGCUCUGCAAGUGCAAUUGCAGGCGGUUCGGGAGCACACACCCCAGACCUGCUACCCACUGCUUCUGUGCCUCUGCAUCUGCCACCGUGGGCCCCAAGUUUCAGCGACUUCUCCUGUCCCACACUCUCCGCUUUGCUCUCCAGGUGUCCUGAAGAAAGGGGACGUGCUCCUGAGAGUUUCCACGGUGAUGACAGCAUUUGAAGACCUGGCUGUGUACUUUACGUGGGAAGAAUGGCAGAAAAUGAACAAUGCUCAGAAAAUCCUGUACAGAGAUGUGAUGCUGGAGACCUACAGCAACCUGUCCUCCUUGGGGCACUGCAUUACCAAGCCUGACUUGAUCUUCAAGUUGGAGCGAGGAGAAGAGCCAUGGAUGGUGGACGAAUGCUUGAAUCAGAGCCUUUCAGUGGUCAUGAAAAGGGAUGACCUGAUUAGGAUCAACCAGCAAAGUCAGGACAAAAAUCUGAAUCAGGAUUUUAUGAAAAAUAACAAGACAUCAGCUCUCAAGAGAAUAGAAUUAAGAAAAACACUUAGUUUAAAUUCAAUCCAUGUUCCAACACUGAUUAUUAAAAAGGGAAUCUAUUCAGGACUGAAGCCUGAGGAAUGCAAUAAAUGUCACACUGUGUUUCCCCCCAGUGGGCCUGAUCAACUACAGGCUGGAGAGAAAUUUGAUAACACUAAGAUACCUGGAAAAUCUCUCCAGUUCUGUGAGCCUCUUAGUCAGCAUGACAAUAUUCACAUCAUGAAGCAGCCAUUUGGACCCACUGGACAAGCAACAGUCUUCACAAGAAAGAUGUUCUGUAAAUCUGAGAGGGUUCAUAUGGCAGAAAACUGUAAUAAAUCAACUGUCACUUUUGGAAAAGCAACGCAAAUAGAAAAAGCUAUCCAUGACAAUUCUAGCCUCAAUAUGCAUCAACAAACUCACACAAGAAAGAAAUUUUAUAAGUACAUUAUGUAUGUUGAGCCUGUCAUUCACCAGUCACAUCUUGCAAUAAAUCAGAGACUAAAUACAAGGGAAAAACUUUACAUGUGUAAACCUUGUGGGAAAUCACUCAGUUUUAAUUCACCUUCUGAAUGUAGUGACUGUGGAAAAGCCUUUGGACAAAAGUCAGUCCUCAGGAAACAACACAAAAUUCACACAGGGGAGAAACCUCAUGAAUGUAGUGACUGUGGAAAAGCCUUUACACAAAAGUCAUACCUCAUAAACCAUCAGCAAAUUCACACCGGAGAGAAACAUCAUAAAUGCCUUCAAUGUGGAAAAAGCCUUCUGUGGAAGUCACACCUCACCAUACACCAGAGAAUUCACACAGGGGAGAAACCUCAUAAAUGUAAUGACUGUGGAAAAGCCUUUGGACGAAAGUCAGAACUCAUCAUACACCAGCGAAUUCACACAGGGGAGAAACCUCAUAAAUGUAAUGACUGUGGAAAAGCCUUUGGACGAAAGUCAGACCUCAUCAUACACCAGCAAAUUCACACAGGGGAGAAACCUCAUAAAUGUAAUGACUGUGGAAGAGCCUUUGGAAAAAAGUCAAACCUCCUCAUACAUCAGCAAAUUCACACAGGGGAGAAACCUCAUACAUGUAAUGACUGUGGAAAAGCCUUUGGACGAAAGUCAGUCCUCAUCAUACACCAGCAAAUUCACACAGGGGAGAAACCUCAUAAAUGUAAUGACUGUGGAAAAGCCUUUGGACACAAGUCAGGCCUCAGGAAACAUGAACGAAUUCACACCGGAGAGAAACCUCAUAAAUGUAAUGACUGUGGAAAAGCCUUUGGACAAAAGUCACACCUCAUCAUCCACCAGCAAAUUCACACAGGGGAGAAACCUCAUAGAUGUAAUGACUGUGGAAAAGCCUUUGGACAAAAGUCAAACCUCAUCAUACACCAGCGAAUUCACACAGGGGAGAAACCUCAUAAAUGUGAUGACUGUGGAAAAGCCUUUGGAAAAAAGUCAAACCUCAGGAAACAUCAGCAAAUUCACACUGGAGAGAAACCUCAUAAAUGUAAUGACUGUGGAAAAGCCUUUGGACAAAAGUCACACCUCAUCAUACACCAGCAAAUUCACACAGGGGAGAAACCUCAUAAAUGUAAUGACUGCGGAAAAGCCUUUACACAAAAGUCAAACCUCCUCUUACAUCAGCGAAUUCACACAGGGGAGAAACCUCAUAAAUGUAAUGACUGUGGAAAAGCCUUUGGACAAAAGUCAAGCCUAAUCAGACACCAGCGAAUUCACACAGGGGAGAAACCUCAUAAAUGUAAUGACUGCGGAAAAGCCUUUACUCAAAAGUCAUUCCUCAUAAACCAUCAGCGAAUUCACACAGGGGAGGAACCUCAUAAAUGCAAUGACUGUGGAAAAGCCUUUGGACGAAAGUCAGACCUCAUCAUACACCAGCGAAUUCACACAGGGGAGAAACCUCAUAAAUGUAAUGACUGUGGAAAAGCCUUUGGACAAAAGUCAAGCCUCAUCAUACACCAGCGAAUUCACACAGGGGAAAAACCUCAUAAAUGUAAUGACUGUGGAAAAGCCUUUGGACAAAAGUCAAACCUAAUCAGACACCAGCGAAUUCACACAGGGGAGAAACCUCAUAAAUGUAAUGACUGUGGAAAAGCCUUUGGACAAAAGUCAAGCCUCAUCAUACACCAGCGAAUUCACACAGGGGAGAAACCUCAUAAAUGUAAUGACUGUGGAAAAGCCUUUGGACAAAAGUCAAACCUCAUCAGACACCAGCGAAUUCACACAGGGGAGAAACCUCAUAAAUGUAAUGACUGUGGAAAAGCCUUUACUCAAAAGUCACACCUCAUCAUACACCAGCAAAUUCACACAGGGGAGAAACAUCAUGAAUGUAAUGACUGUGGAAAAACCUUUGGAUGAAAGUCACACUUCAUCAUACACCAGAGAAUUCACACAGGGGAGAAACCUCAUAAAUGUAAUGACUGUGGAAAAGCCUUUGGACAAAUACAGACCUCAUAUCACAGCAGAGAAUUCACACAGGGUAGAAAACUCAUGAUUGUAAUAACUGUGGAAAGCAUUUAGCCAUAAUUCGACCUUCAUCAUGCAUCAGAGAAUUCACACAGGGCAGAUACCUUAUGAAUGUAAUGACUGGAAAAGCCUUUGGACAAAAGUUAAACCUCAUAAUGCACCAGAGAAUGCACACAGUAUUGAAACUUCAUGAGUGUAAUCACUGUGGAAAAUCUUAAGUUCCAACUCCAAAUGCAUCAGAGGAUUCACACAGGGAAAUAACCUUAUAAAUGUAAUGACUGCAGAAAAGCCUUUUUCUAUAAGUUAUACUCAUAUCAAAACAAUUCACACAGGGCAGAAACCUUGUGAAUCUAGUAAGUGUGGAAAAGCCUUAAUAAAUCAUAUGUUAUAAAUCAUAGUUCAUGUCACACCAGAGAAUUCACACUGGGGAGAAACUUUAUGAAUGCAAUGACUGUAGAAAAGCCCUUGGCAAUAAGUCACAUCUUAGAAUGCAUCAGAAAAUGCACCUGAAGAGAAACCUUUUGGACAUAAUGACUUGGAAAGCUUUUUCCCAUAAUUCAGCCUUCAUUGCACAUCAUCUAAUUCAUAUGGGGGAAAACACUUUGGAUAUAAUGCAUAUGGAAAAGCCUUUAUCCAUAAGUAACACCUCAUAAAACAUUAGAAUUCACAUGGGAGAGAAACCUUAUGAAUGGAAUGAAUGUUGGAAAACUCUGCCAAAAUCACACAAUAUAACAUCAGAGAAUUUAUUACAUGGUGUAAAUCUUGUAAUAAAUGUGGGAAAGCCUUUUGUCAGAAGGAAUACCUCAUAACAUGUAGAUCAAAGAAGGGAGAGAACUUAAGAAUAUAAUGAAUGUGAAGGACUUUUUCCAAAAUCAACAUAACCAUGUGACGGAGCCUUUUGCUGGAAAUUACAUCCCAUACAAUAGGCACUCCCAUAAGGAAGAAAGGUUGGGACCAGCGCUGUGGCACAGUAGGUUAAAGCCCUGGCCUGAAAUGCCGGCAUACCAUGUGGGCACUGGUUCUAGUCCCAGUUGCUCCUCUUCUGAUCCAGCUCUCUGCUAUGGCCUGGGAAAGCAGUAGAAGAUGGCCUUGCACCCACAUGGGAGACCCAGAAGCAGCUCCUGACUCCUGGCUUUGGAUCCCUGCAGCUCCAGCCAUUACAUCCACUUGCGGAGUGAACUAGUGAAUGGAAGACCUCUUUCUGCUUCUCUGUCUCUAACUCUGUCUUUCAAAUAAAUAAAGUAAAUUGUUAAAAAAAAAAAAAAGAAGUUCAGAAAUAUUAUUAGUGUGAUAAAAAGCCAUUUGUCAGAAAUGGCAUUAUACAUCAGAAAAUUCACACAAGGGGUUUCUUAGGAGUGUAAUGAAUGUGGAAGCAUAUUUUCAUAGAAUUCUGGCUUGCAUAAAUAUGCAACUCAAAAAAGGUGAUAUCCUUCAAGUGCAAUAGACCUCAAAAAACCAUAGCCAGAAAUUAAACAUCAGGCCGGCACCGUAGAGCAAUAGGUUAACCCUCCACCUGCUAUGCUGGCAUCCCAUAUGGGUGCCAGUUCUAGUCCCAGCUGCCCCUCUUCAAUCCAGCUCUCUACUGUGGCCUGGGAAAGCAGUAGAAGACAGCCCAAGUGCUUGGGCCUCUGCACCCAGUGGAAGACCAGGAAGAAGCACCUGGCUCCUGGCUUCAGAUCAGUGCAGCUCUGGCCAUUGUGGCCAUUUGAGGAGUGGACCAACAGAAGGAAGACCUUUAACUCUGUCUCUCUCACUGUCUGCAACUCUACCUGUCAAAUAAAUAAAAAUCUUAAAAAAAAAAAAAAAAAAAAACAA